UUAAGCUCAGUAGGAGCUCAGGGCGCUUAUUAAACAAAUCAAACAACGCUUAGUAAACAACUUAAAGGAAUGCAGCAUUUGGGAGCCAGCUUCUCCACCUGGGAGACCCAGGUACGCACCGAUCCAUGCUUCCCCGCACGGGGUGCAAAGCCGAGAACUCUUCUAGAGGAGUCGGACACUGGCUGCGAAGAAGGGAGAGGCUACCUCGCAGGCUCUACGGGCCAGGCCAGAGAAAAGCUUUCCGAACCGAGACCUGUCGAAAUACGCGAAACUGCACAGCAAGGGAGGUGGGUGGGGUGGAACCCGGUGGCACCGUCUCUUUCCUUCCCCGCCCACAGCCACCUGAGCCCCACUGGACAGCGCCAGGAGCCAGGGGAGGGGCGACCUCUGCAGGGUCCCGGGACUGUCCGCGCCAGGUGGCCCGAGCGGGUGCGGUGUCCGCUCCUCCCCGAAUGCCAGCUCGAGGUGGCCCCGCCGCUGAGUGCUCUGCCCUCGCGCCCCUCCCACGCGGGCUGGGCUUGGCCGCUGGACCCGGCCCCUGGCUGGCGGUUUCGGUUAGACCCGCCCAGGCUCUGGUUUCGAUUAGGGACAGCCAGCGGAGGGCGGGGCGGCCCGGACUCGAGGAGGGCACUAGUGGCGAGUGGGGCGGGUCCCGCGCAGGAGGCAAAGAGGGCCGCAGGGAGCAGGGCGCAGCGCCGCGUCCCAGCCUGGCCGCGGGGAGCCGGGUGCGUCGGAGGAGCAGGCGGCCGUUGCGGCGCGGCGCGGCGGGAGCUCGGGAUGCGGACGCCCGUGGUUAUGACGGUGGGCAUGGUGUUCACGCCCUGCGGGCUGCUGCUCAACCUGAUCAGCACGCUGGCCCCGGGCUGGCGGGCGGCGAAGGGCUUCCUGAACAAGCCGGUGGACGCCGUCCUGUACCAGGGCCUGUGGGACAUGUGUCUGGAGCAGAGCAGCCGCGAGCGCCAGUGCGGCCAGCAGGACGAGUGGGGCUACUUCGAGACCCACCUCGUGCUCGUGGCCCGCGGUCUCAUGGUCACGUCGCUGGCCACCACGGGCCUGGGACUGCUGCUGGCGACCCUCGGCGUGCGCUGCUGGCAGAAGGAGCCGCACUUCGCGCUGGCCGGCCUCUCCGGCGUCGUGCUCUUCGUCGCGGGCCUCUUCAGCCUCAUCCCGGUCUCCUGGUACAACCACUUCUUGGGGGAUCGCGAGGUCCUGCCUGGCCCGGCCAGCCCGGUCACGAUGCAGGUUAGUUACAGCCUGGUGCUCGGCUACCUGGCCAGCUGCUUGCUGCUGCUGGGCGGCUUCUCCCUGGCUCUCAGUUUCGCACCCUGGUGCGAGGAGCGGUGUCACCGCUGCCGCAAGGCGCCUCCCAACGGCCCGCGCCGCAGCAGCAUCAGCACUGUCUACGUGGACUGGCCCGAGCCCGCACUGACCCCGGCCAUCAAGUACUACAGCGAUGGCCAGCACCGGCCGCCACCUGCCGUGCGCAGCGCCUCCGCCAAGCCCAGGGUCGGCUUCCCCAUGCCGCGGCCGCCGCCCAAGGCCUACACCAACCCGGUGGAUGUGCUCGAUGGGGAACAGGAGAAGGUGGCCGCCUCCCACAGCGCUUCCUCAUGCAGCACCCAGCCCUACCACAGCUCGCUGCCCUGUGACUCUGACCUGUAGAUGCCCUGGCCCACCCCUGCCUGCUCCGCACAGGCUCUGAGCUCAGCCUGGGUCUGAAGGGGACCAGGAACCCUCUCUGCCCUGUCCAGCCUUGAACUUCUGUGCUGAGACGCAGUCUGCAACUGCCUGGCUCUGAGCUGGGAGACCCUUCACCACGAUCUUCCUUCCCAGUGGCCUUCCUUGGACAUUUAGUUCAGCUUGUGUUCGGUUUUCUCUUCACGGAGUUUUGUUUUCUUUUCCAGAGUGAUCCGGUCCUCUUACAGAGUAACCGGCGUUUCAUAUUUUCCUGCUGAAGGAGAUCUAGAAAGGGUAGUGUGUGCACCGUGCUGAACAGGGACAGUAACAAAAACGAAAAGUUGAAAUCAGCAAAUAGAGGCUCAAAAGCAAUUUAACGCCUUGAAAUUACAGUGUUUUAAAAUAUCGAUGAAUCUUGCAUCAAUAUAAUUAUUGUAUUUUUCCUGCUUUAUUGCUCCUUUCUCAUGCAAACUCUCAAAAGGCCAGUGUAUUUCUGUUUGAAGGAGGCUCCUAAACUGAGAGCCAUGCAAAUGCCACCAACUUUUUUGGCGCUUACAGAAUGCAAUAACCUGGAGUACUCGUAUGUACUUCGUCCAGCAUAAAUAGGAUUUAUCUUUCUUAUCACUUAUUUUGAUGUGAAAGGUGAGGUCAUUCAAAAGUUUUUCUCUUCCAAUAACCAGGAGAAUGAAGACAUUAAAAUUUUAUUGCUCUAUUCCUUGGAUUCCUUGCCCUGGACAUAGAGGACUAUAUAGAUUUACUAUUUUGUGCAAAAUAGAGCCUCUUAGUUACAUUUGGUUAAAGUAUAUAUGUAUAUAUCUUUUAUUUAUUAAUAAAAACUUAAAACAAUCCA